UCUUGAAUUUCAUACAGACUACCAAACGGAAGACACGGCAGGUUGUCUUGCGUCUUCAUGAAGGCCAAGGAAAGGUAACAACAGGGCCUCUUCUGGAACAGAAUAAAUAAGAAAGGACAACGAAGGCAUCUUCGGACACCUCGACUAAAGUGACCUGAUUCAAGAGGCUCUGAAGAAUAGCAACUGCCAUUAGGAAUGUCUAGUGUUCCAGAAUGACCAACACUAUUUCUAGCAGCUUCCAUCUUGCCAUCAUUGACAUGUUAAUACUUGUGGUCAGAAUCCAACCAUCUGAUGGGAGUGAGAUUUCCAUUAAUAUGUCCAAAACAGGCCUGCUCCAUGUUCCCAAAGACCUGCCUCUGCAAACCACGGUCUUAGAUAUUUCGCAAAACUCCAUAUCUGCGCUUCAGACAGCAGAUGUCCAAUCACUCUCAAACCUGAGGAUUUUGAUAAUUUCUCACAACAGAAUCCGAUAUCUCGAUUUCAGUGUGUUCAAAUACAACCAGGAAUUGGAAUACUUGGAUGUGUCCCACAAUGAGCUGUGGAAGAUUUCUUGCCACCCUAGUGUGAACUUCAAGCACUUAGACCUCUCGUUUAAUGCGUUUGAUGCUCUGCCCAUAUGCAAACAAUUUGGCAACAUGUCUCAGCUGAAAUUCCUGGGGCUGAGUGCAAGCCAGUUACAAAAAUCCAGCGUGCAGCCAAUCGCUCAUUUGAAUAUCAGUAAGGUUUUGUUGGUCUUAGGAGACCAUUAUGGGGAAAAAGAAGAGCCUGACGUGCUUCGAGACUUUAACACAGAGAGUUUGCAUAUUGUUUUCCCCUCCAAAAAGGAAUUCAGCUUCCUGUUGGAUGUGGCAGCCAGCCCUGCAGCAAGUCUGGAGUUGUCUAAUAUUAACUGCGUGCUACAUGACAACGAAAGUUCUUUCUUCCUAAACGUUCUGUCAAAACUUCGAAAGAAUCCAAGGUUAUCAAAUUUUACCUUACACAACAUUGAAACGACUUGGAAGUCUUUCCUUAGGAUCCUCCAGUUGGUUUGGCCCUCAACCAUAGAGUAUUUCUCAAUUUCAAAUGUGAAUGUUCAGGGUCCACUUGACUUCAUAGAUUUUAAUUAUUCUAACACUUCCAUAAAGGCCUUGUCUAUAAACCAAUUUUCCAGUAGUACGCUCAGUCUUUCCCAAGGUAGCAUCUACAAAAUUUUGUCAAAUAUGAACAUCCAAAAUUUCACAGUGUCUGGGACACGUAUGAUCCAUAUGCUUUGUCCGCUCCAAAUUAGCCCAUUUUUGCAUUUGGAUUUUUCCAACAACCUCUUGACGGACACGAUUUUUCAAAACUGUGGAACCUUAACUGGGUUAAAGACAUUUAAUCUGCAGAGGAAUCAAUUAAAGGACCUCACAAACUUAAUUCAUAUGACCACGAAGAUGAAGUCUCUACAACAGUUGGAUGCUAGCCAAAAUUCACUAAGAAAUGAUGAAAACGAGGUAGACUGUUCCUGGACUGGAAGUUUAUUAAAUUUAAAUUUGUCUUCCAAUGCACUUACGGACUCUGUUUUCAGAUGUUUACCUCCCAAGGUCAAGGUGCUUGAUCUCCACAAUAACAGAAUAACGGCCAUUCCUAAAGAUGUCACCCACCUGGAGGCUUUGCAAGAACUCAAUGUUGCUCUCAACUCCCUCGCAGACCUCCCUGGGUGUGGCCCCUUCAGCAGCCUCUCUCUGCUGAUCAUUGAGCACAAUGCAGUGUCCCACCCAUCAGCUCGUUUCUUCCAGAGCUGCCAGAAGAUUACGUCAAUAAAAGCGGGAAGCAAUCCAUUCCACUGUACAUGCGAGCUAAGAGAGUUCAUCAAAAGUAUGGGCCAGCUAUCGAGUGAGGUGGCGGAGGGCUGGCCUGAUUCCUAUAAGUGUGCCUACCCAGAAGGCUACAAGGGAACCCUGCUCAAGGACUUUCAUGUAUCUCAGUUAUCCUGCAACAUAGCCCUGCUGAUGGUCACCAUUGGGGCCACCGUGCUGUUGGUGGCUGCUUCCAUGACCUGCCUCUGCGUCUACCUGGACGUGCCCUGGUAUCUGAGGAUGGUGUGUCAGUGGACCCAGGCCCGGCACAGGGCUCGGAACAUCCCCCUAGUGGAACUCCAAAGAAAUCUCCAGUUCCAUGCUUUUAUUUCAUACAGUGGGCAUGAUUCUGCGUGGGUGAAGAGUGAAUUAGUACCCAACCUAGAAAAAGAAGAUAUCCAGAUUUGUCUCCAUGAGAGAGACUUUGUUCCUGGCAAGAGCAUUGUGGAAAACAUCAUAAAUUGUAUUGAGAAGAGUUACAAGUCCAUCUUUGUCUUGUCUCCCAACUUUGUCCAGAGUGAGUGGUGCCAUUAUGAGCUCUACUUUGCUCACCACAAUCUCUUCCAUGAAGGAUCCAAUAACUUAAUCCUGAUCUUGCUGGAGCCCAUUCCACAGUACUCCAUUCCGAACAGCUACCACAAGCUCAAAACCCUCAUGGCACGGAGGACUUACUUGGAAUGGCCGAAGGAGAAGACUAAACAUGGACUUUUCUGGGCAAACCUAAGAGCAGUCAUUAAUGUUAAGUUGAUGGAGCAAACAAAAGACAUAGAUCACACACAGGACUAAGAAUAUUCCUCUUGUCAGCAUUGCUGUUCUUGAGAUUUCCAACAAUGACUUUAUUUUGUAUCCACACAUAUGUAAACACAAUUUGGAGUUUACAACGUAGAUGAACAUACGUACAAGUACAUGGUGGUUAAAGUUCAUGAAAUAAUAUGAUUUUGAUCUAAACAAUUCAUUUCUAACACAUGGAGCAUUCGCCUGUUUCUUGAAUUACCAUGAAAUCCAAAGAAGUACAUGUUUCUUUUUAGUGAUGGAAUCCUGGUUGCUGGUGUUGAUAUUAGAAACUCCAUGACUUUUAGGCCAAUAGAUGGAUUUCUGUUGCUGAAUUGUAGAGCUGUUGGUGCCCACUGCGAUUCUGCUCAGUAUUUGCCUCUACAGGUUGAAGGUUGAUCAUUGCUCAUGUUUGAGACUCAACACCCAAAGGGAUUCCUUGCUGACCAUCAGGGCCAGACAGUGAGUAAUCCAGAAGUGUUGGACAGUUGCUCUUGGAAGCAGUCUUCAAUCUGUCAGAAAGAGAACUGGUGGAUAAACACCCCAACUUCCUCACCCACUUUUGAGAUAAGACUGGGGUAUACUUUUCACUCUCCUUGAGGUCUCCAGUGGGAUAAAAUUCUGGUUGUCCACAGUAGAAAUGACUUGAUAAAGUGUUCUUUAUUUUCUUCUUUCAUAUUUUUUUCUCCUUUACUCACUCCUCAACAGGUGUUUGAUGGAAUCACUUCUGAAAUAAACUAGUUUCAGUUGAA